AUUCCUGUCCGGACAACAACAACAACAACGUGUGUGAGCAGCAGAGCGGUCGACAUGUUCUCCUGUCUGAAAGGUAAAGUCGGGGAGGUUUUGUUACCUGGAGAUGAAUUCUCCUUUGAGGCCGACGACACCAUCUCUCUGACGGAGCACGUGAAGCGGGAGAAGGUGGUGUGUGGUCCGGGUCUGCGGCGGAGCGGAGACCGGCUGGUGGUGUGUAAAAGCGGGGUCCUCCGACACAAACAGCCCAACAUGUUCUGGAUGGACUCUCAGCAGAGGAGGUAUGUCCCCGCUAAAGGAGAGACCGUCAUCGGCAUCGUGACGGUCAAAUCAGGAGACGUCUUCAAGGUGGACUUUGGAGGAAGUGAGCAGGCGUCUCUGUCCUACCUGGCGUUUGAGGGGGCCACCAAGAGGAACCGGCCCAACGUCCAGGUGGGGGACCUGGUGUUCGCUCAGUUCAUCAUAGCCAAUAAGGACAUGGAGCCGGAGCUGGUGUGUAUGGACAGUUCAGGACGAGCCAAUGGGAUGGGAGUGUUUGGCGGCGGCGGUCUGCUCUUCACGGUCUCUCUGGGACUGGUCAGAAGGCUGCUGGCCCCCCGCAGCGAGGUCCGGUCCGACCUGCAGCAGCUGUUCCCCUGCGAGCUGGUGGUCGGGAUGAACGGGCGCCUGUGGGUCAAGUCCUCCAGCGUCCAGCAGACGCUCGUCAUCGCGAACCUGCUGCAGAGCUGCGACACCAUGACGGACCAGCAGAGGCGGCAGCUGUUCAAGAGGGUGGCACAGGGGGCGCUGUAGACCACAGCCGGCGCCAGAGGCCCACUUCCUGUCUGUGCUCAGGGCGCAGCUACAAACAUUAAAAGCAGGUGGUUGUGUUUGACGUCAGUGACGUCGGCAGGUGAGACACCUGUAGCGGUCCUGUAGCAGGAUGUUUGUAAACAGGUUUUAUAUUUGUAAAAAUGAUAAAUGUAUUUUUGUGAAAAUAAACAAACUACAGUUCGAAGGUUUGAGGUCACUCAG